UUAGCACCAGUCACUGUCCCACAAUGCACGCUGGGUAAAAACAAACGAGCCGUCGCCGCGCUGCGGCGCCCCGAUACGCCACAGCAGUGCCACCUGCAGUGUCACGAUGGAGACAUCUGCGUCAGCUGCUCGCACAGGGAUGUAUCUGCUUAACAUUUCGUGUUACGGUACACGUGGCACGUAUAUUGUUCAGUAACGGCAUUGUAACUUUCGUAUUGUCUGAUUGUUAUCUAUUUUUCACAAACCUUUUGAUAUUCUAAGUUUUAACCUUUCUCGCUACCCUUAUUUGUAUCCAGUUUAUUUUAAGUUCUCGUGCAGUAUUCUAUGCAAUUUAAUGUAUUCCUGUAAAUUAAAUAACACAGCAUUUGUAUUAUUAUAGAAGCUUCAACAAUAUCUCAUUUUUAUUUCUUUCAGAAUAUAGAUUUCACGGUUUUAAUAAAUGAAUAAAUAAUUUCAAACAUAAUAGCAACAGUUACAGAGUCUGCUUGUCCUUAUUUUUAGAAAAAAAUUUUAUGCUAUUUGUUAAAUUAAUUUAACAUAUGAGCUACUCAGAAGCCGAAUUGAUUAACUCCACUUUUUACAAUUUUCACAAUUUUAGUAUCAAAUCUUGAUUGGUGCUAAACUUUUCAUAAAUAAAAAAAUUGAUGGAGUUUUGCUUAAGUUAGUCAAUUUGACUUUUGAGCGGCUCACAUAUCUUAUCAAACAUAUUUUUAGUUAAAAAUUAAAAAUUUGUGUCAUAGCCUCGAUAAACAUAUGCCACGAAAUUAAUGUAACCAUUAAUAAAAAAUAAUCAUACUAACAAUCACAAAUAAAAAAUAAUCAUUUUCUUGUACAUUUACCAUAUGACAUCACGUCACAGAUUUGCAUCAUUCCCUAUUAAUAUAUAUCCAUUUUAUAUCGUUUUCAGUUUUCUUACAUCGUCCAUUGAAUAGAUUUAAAAAAUAUAUAUUAUAGAACAUAUGUUCUUUCGAAAAUGUCCAAAAUUCAUAAAAUAACCUCAGAAAUGAUCGCUAACUCCGCCCUUUUAAUUCUCUCUUAUUCCUCUUCCGCGCAAGUACACAUUCGGCAUUCAGCAUGACACACUUUCACAAUACAGCCGCUCCUGACGCAUGUCAGCAGCGCUAAUAUAUUUCCGUUAAAUAAUCCGGUGGCGGCAGUCAGCGCAAGUCAGCGGUGGUCUUCGUGUGUAUUUUUGUGGAUUUCGUUGCUCUUACUCGCAGUUUGUAAAAAUGAGUAGUUCCAAUGUAGUGAUUGUCUCAGCAGUCAGGACACCCUUAGGAUCACUAUGUGGAUCCUUAUCCUCAUUGAAAGCGUCAGAGCUGGGAAGUAUUGCUAUUAAAGAAAGUUUGGCAAGAAUUGGACUGAAAGGAACAGAUGUUUCCGAAGUUAUAAUGGGUCAAGUUCUUGCUGCAGGAGAAGGUCAGAAUCCUGCAAGACAAGCAGCGAUAAAUGCAAACAUACCUAUUCAUGUGCCUGCUUAUCAAGUAAACAUGUUAUGUGGCUCUGGUCUAAAAUCUGUUAUAACUGGUUAUUCUUCUAUAAAAUCAGGGGAAAAUGAUAUAGUUGUGGCUGGUGGUCAAGAAAGUAUGAGUAGAACGCCGCAUGCAACUUAUCUUAGGACUGGUGUAAAAAUUGGAAACUGUAAUUUAAUUGACACCCUUCUAGAAGAUGGUUUAACGGAUGCCUUCUAUAAUAUUCACAUGGCAAUAACAGCUGAGAAUCUUGCUAAAAAGUAUGCAAUAAGUAGGGAAGCACAGGAUGACUAUGCAAGUAAAUCUCAGCAAAAAACAGAGACUGCUAUUACUGCUGGUCACUUCGACAAGGAAAUAGUUCCAGUAGUCAUUUCAGGCAAGAAAGAAUCUAUCACUGUAUCUAAGGAUGAAUUUCCAAAAUUUGGAACAACUGCGGAGAAACUUGCAAAGUUAAAACCAGCAUUUCUGUCGAAUGGCACGGUUACUGCUGGAAAUGCAUCUGGUAUAAAUGACGGUGCAGCGGCUGUAGUUCUCAUGUCUGAAGAAACAGCUGUAACUAAAGGACUUUUACCAUUAGCCAAUAUUGUUGCGGUUGCACAGGUUGGAGUUGAUCCUCAGAUUAUGGGCAUUGGACCUGUUGAAGCUGUUAAAUUAGUCUUGAAAAAAGCAAACUGGACAAAGGAGGAAGUGGACUUUUACGAGUUAAAUGAGGCCUUCGCAGCGCAAGCAAUUGCGUGUGUUCAAGAACUCGGAUUAAAUAGCGAGAAAGUUAAUGUAAAUGGUGGUGCUAUUGCUCUCGGUCAUCCGAUUGGCAUGUCUGGAACAAGAAUACUGGUCACUUUAUUACAUACUUUAGAGAGAACUGGAAAGAAAAAGGGUGUCGCAUCUUUGUGCAUUGGAGGAGGAAUGGGUAUCGCUAUUGCUAUUGAAAGAAAAUAACGAAUAUCUUGCCUAUAUAUGAAAAAUUUGUUAUAUUUUUAUCAAAAUAUUUAAUUGUAAA